AUGAAAUUGCGUAUAGCGUGUCUCCAGUUGAACCCCAAGCUUGGCGAGUUUGAAGAGAAUGCUAACCUUGCGUAUUCCUUGCUUCAGGAAACAUUCAAGGAGAAACAGGUCAAGAAGCCAAACAUUUUGAUCCUUCCCGAGUUAGCAUUGACUGGCUACAAUUUUCAAAGCCAGCAGCGGAUAGAGCCUUUUUUGGAGGAAACAACCAAGGGAGCUAGUACCCAAUGGGCUCAAAAAGUAUCCAAGACGUGGGAUUGCUUUACUUUAAUAGGAUACCCAGAAAAAAGUUUAGAGAGCCCUCCCCGUAUUUACAACAGUGCGGUACUUGUAUCGCCUCAGGGAAAAGUAAUGAACAACUACAGAAAGUCCUUCUUGUAUGAAGCUGAUGAACAUUGGGGAUGUUCGGAAUCUUCUGAUGGGUUUCAAACAGUAGAUUUAUUAAUUGAAGGAAAGACUGUAAAGACAUCAUUUGGAAUUUGCAUGGAUUUGAAUCCUUAUAAAUUUGAAGCUCCAUUCACAGACUUCGAGUUCAGUGGCCAUUGCUUGAAAACCGGUACAAGACUCAUUUUGUGCCCAAUGGCCUGGUUGUCCCCUCUAUCGCCUUCCAUUAAAAAGGAUCUUAGUGAUAUAGAGAAAAGCAGACUUCAAAAGUUCUACCUUGAAAAAAUAGAUACCCCGGAAUUUGACGUUAAUUACGAAUUGAAAAAAGAUGAAGUAUUGCCCACCCGUAUGAAUGAAACGUUGGAAACAAUUGACUUUGAGCCUUCAAAACCGGACUACUCUAAUAUAAAUUAUUGGAUACUAAGGUUUUUUCCCUUUCUGACUCAUGUCUAUAAACGAGAUGUGCUCAAAGAGAAUGCAGUUGCAGUCUUAUGCAACCGAGUUGGCAUUGAGAGUGAUGUCUUGUACGGAGGAUCAACCACGAUUCUAAACUUCAAUGGUAAGUUACCAUCGACACAAGAGGAGCUGGAGUUGUACGGGCAGACUAAUAGUCUCAACCCCAGUGUGGAAGUAUUGGGGGCCCUUGGCAUGGGUCAACAGGGAAUUCUAGUACGAGACAUUGAAUUAACAUAA